AUGCCAUAUCAGAUAAGGUCAGUAACCCCGUGUCAGACGCUGCCGGAGGAUGAGCGAGUGAGGAGCCCGCCGCUGUGCCUGCAGGUGUGUGCUUGCUUGCUGUUGUGGUGCAAGAGGGUAGCCGUUGUAGUACGAGGAGCGAUUGUAGCACUGGUAGUUUGCAGUGGGAGGAGUUGUAGGCGAGGAGGAGGAGGCCAUGGGCGCACACGGGCGGUGCUUUUGGACACUGUGGGCGUGGGACGGGGGCGGCGACGGGGGAGGGAGGGAGGAGACCCGCCCAGCGCCCCGACUCCGCCCCUCGCGCAACUCCCCCCCGAGUCUCAGUCGCCCCGUCCUCCCCACAAGUCUGACCUCUCCCGCGCCUCCGCCCUGCUGCUGGUGGCGCUGGCGCUGGCGGCGUCGUUUCCGAGGGGGGCGGAGGCCAUCCAGCUGCCCAGCAACGGCUCGGCGCUGGAGAAGUGGACAGAGAAGAGUAACAACUGCCGCAGUUAUGACACGUCCGCGGUCUGGCCGGAUGAGGUGUCAGGGCGCAACAGCCUCCUGGUGGGGUUCCUGCCGACGAUCACGGGCGAGCGGAAGGAGCGGCUCGGCCUGAAGGUGAUCGGGGCCUUCGCCUACGCCGUCGACGAGGUCAACAGGAACUACACGCUGCCCGAGGACUACAUGCUCAGGGUCAAGUACUACGACACCCAGGGCGUGGAGACGCGGGGCAGCAGCAGCGUGGUGGACCUCCUGUGUAAUAACGUCUCCGCCAUCUUUGGUCCCGAACACACCUGCUACGUCGAGGGAACGAUCGCCGAGGGGAAAAACCCGCCCAUGAUCUCAUACGGCUGCAAUGAUGAACGAGCCUCGACCUUCCAAACAUUCGCCAGGACAAAUCCUUCUGAAAUAUACAUUAUCAACACGACCAUCGCCACGCUCCGGCACAACAAUUGGUACCACUUCUCUAUCAUCUACACCGAAGACAGCACCACCAUGGUCGAGACGCUGAAGGCAGAGGCGAAGGCGCACGGGAUGACCAUCAACCACGAGAAGCUGUUCAAGAAGGAGGAGUUGCUGUACACUUUUCAGACGACCAAGGGCGGCACGAGGAUCUACGUGUUCAUCGGUCAUCGGUCUCUCGUCAACGAAGUCCUCACCGUGAUGGCGAUGACUGGCCUUUUCCAGGGAGCCAAGAAGGAGUACCUGCUUCUCUUCGUCGACCGGGAGGAGUACGCGAUGUACGACUGGCACAGCUACACUUGGGACAGCCAUUCCAGGACGGUGAUGGAGGGCGGCACCUGCUGGGAGGAGGACCUGAAGAUGUACGACGGCGCCUUCAUGGUGGUGGCCAACCGCUUCCCCGACUCCAGAAAUAUCACCGACAUGGUGCUCAAGUACAACAAAGACCCGCCCUUCUGCCUGGGUUUCCACACGGACCUGCCCAGGACACGGCCCAUCAAGAGCAAACCGCAUGUUCCAUACUUGCCCUCGGCCUACCUGUAUGAUUCAGUGCAGCUUUAUGCUCGAGCUGUGAGGGAGCUGUAUGAGAGGAGGCAGAACCUCAGCAUCACUGUGGCAGACAUUGCCAGCAAUGGAACCAUGAUCAAGAACCACCUGGGAACUACAAUGAGAUGAUGGUUAUUUCUACAUACUUUUCCAGGUGUUCUGGGUUUCAACAUGACGAUGAACAUGAAUGCAUCAAGUGAAGGCAAAUACAGUGUGUAUUACUUUUCACAGUGUCCUGAUUCUAGCAAUGAUACCUACAACUGUUCCAAGUGUUUGCACAUAAUAAGUGAUUAUUAUGGAGGGAAUUACUCUCUCAUGGAAUCUGCCCUCAAAGUGGAUAUAAUAGACAAACCCACCUGUGGUUAUAAUGGCACUUUGUGUGACAUAGAAAAGACUAAGUACAAGACAAUAGCAUUUUGGCUAAUGAGCGCCCUUCUCAUCUUGUUUACAUUCGUGUCAACUAUAUCAUACCGAAACUGGAAGUAUGAGCAGGAGAUUGUGGGUCUGCAGUGGCGCAUCAACGCAGCUGAACUGACAUUGGGUAACCACGCCUCUGUUGGAAGUAGGCAAAGUCUAGUGAGUGCUGCCUCGUACGAUUUCCAUGACAAGUGGUACCACAACUGGGCAAACUACAAGGGCACGGUGGUAUGUCUCAAGGCCAUCACCAUGAACCAAAGGAGACUGGAGCUCACACGCGCUACCAUGAUUGAAAUGAGAAAUAUGCGUGAAAUGAAGCAGUAUAAUGUGUGUGAAUUCAUUGGAGCCUUUGUGCAACCAAACGGGGUAACGCUUGUGACAGAAUACUGCACGAGAGGCUCCUUACUCGAUAUUCUUGCCAUGGAAGACAUACAGCUCAAUAGCCUCUUCAUAUCAUCCCUCGUCCAUGAUUUAUUAAGGGGCAUGCUUUUUCUUCAUUCCAAUUUUGGCCCACAUGGCAACCUCAAGUCCUCCAACUGUGUCGUCAACGGGCGAUGGGUGCUCCAAGUUACAGACUAUGGCUUGCAUGACCUGCGGAAGGAGGCACUGCACAAUCUGGAGAAAGAUGACAAAGGACAGUUUGAUAGACACAUGCUUUGGAGAGCUCCAGAACUGCUCCGAGCUGGAAUAGAAGCUUCAGGAACCAAAGAAGGAGAUGUCUACUCAUUUGCCAUUAUCCUCCAUGAAAUGAUUGGUCGACAGGGUCCAUAUGACACUUAUGAUAUAAACACAGAUGACCCUUCAGUGAUCAUCCAGAAGUUAAAGGACGGAUCAACCCUAACAGGUAAUGUAUAUCGUCCAUCCCUCCUAAACCUGCUGGACAUGCCCUUUGGGUCUGACCAGGAUGUGAGGAGCACUAUGCAGGCGGCCUGGAAAGAGAACCCAACUGAGAGGCCAAACUUCCGCACAAUCAAAAUCAAAUUGAAAGACAUGAAGGACAAAAGUCGCAAGGGUAACAUAAUGGAUCACAUGUUGCACAUGUUAGAGCAAUAUAGCAAGAACCUUGAGGAAUUAGUAACAAAUCGAACACAAGCUCUGAGGGAAGAGCAGAGCAAGACAAAAGACUUGUUGCAUCGCAUGUUACCAUCAUCUGUCGCAGCAAGCUUAACUCAAGGGAUAGAUGUAGAACCUCAAGGCUUUGAUGCCGUUACAAUAUAUUUUAGUGACAUUGUAGGGUUCACUUCUUUGUCUGCUGAGAGUACCCCAUACCAGGUGGUGAGUUUCUUGAAUGACUUGUAUACGCUUUUCGACAACAUCAUCAAAGGCUACGAUGUAUACAAAGUGGAAACUAUUGGUGAUGCGUAUAUGGUCGUCUCAGGCCUUCCAAAGCCAAACAUGGGGAGACAUGCUGGGGAAGUAGCAUCUAUGGCCCUUGAGCUGUUGAAUGAGGUAAAAACCAAGUUCACUAUUCGACACCGGCCUGAAACCACCCUCAAGCUGCGGAUAGGCCUGCACACGGGCCCUGUGAUAGCGGGUGUGGUUGGGGUUACCAUGCCCAGAUACUGUCUCUUUGGCGACACUGUGAACACUGCUUCCCGAAUGGAAAGCAAUGGAGAGCCCCUGCGGAUACACAUCUCAGAACAGUGCUAUAAGGCCCUGGAAGCGCUCGGUGGAUAUGAGAUGGAGGAACGCGGACUAGUCACAAUGAAGGGGAAAGGAGAAGUCCUCACCUAUUGGCUUCUGAGAGCUAAUUACAAAGCCAUCCAGCGUAAUGCAAACAAUGCAGAGCAGUUACCACCACUUCUCUUCCAGCCUGGUGAAUAUGAUCAGGCUGAGCUGAGACGACGCAGUCCUAGGCUUUCAACUUUAGGGGGUCGAGCCCCUAGUGUGGCCAGAAGCAUGGAAGAUCCUGGAGAGGUAAAUGGCAGCAUUCUUCUCUUCAACCGUGAUGGUGCUUCCUUAUCCAGGGACUCACCACGUUCAGAUAUUUCCUGUGGCCGCAGAUGCUUCAGUAACACCUUGUACCACACAUCUAGUGUUGACUGUACCACGCAAGGGAGCCAUCUGUGCCCUCCUAAAUAUGAGGACACUCCAGAAAAAGUCCCCCAAAGCAUCAGCUUGGACCAACUCCACCACACGGAGGUGCGGCUCGAGGUUCCUGCGCUUCAGAACAUGAACUCAGGGGGACAUCCCUCUCUAGACUCGACUCUCCCACUGGAGGACAGACGUGAGGUCAACUUCUGUCCGUCAGCAGAUGAUGACAUUCCCUUAUCACACAAUGUAGGCGAGAGAGAGCCAAUGCUGAAUGGUGAUGAAGAUUGUGGAAAUGAAGGAAGAGUGAUAUAUGAUAGUGACAAUAGUCCGCAUCUGUCGGGAGGAGGAAGUAAGCGAUCCUCUGGUCUCAGGUCCAAGCUGGCAGGAUUCUCACUGAAUGGACUCAAAAGGGAGAGUCAUGUUUGAACAUCCUUUGUGUAGAUAAUUUGCCAACUACAGUAUAUAGAAAUUUAUGAGAAAGAGACCAUGUAUAAGUGGAAUCUAUGACAGGAAAGACUGAAAAUCAUGGGACCAUCCAUAAAUAGCAAGUUAAUUACCUAGUAAUCAGACAUUAAAAGAAUAUAUAGAAAUUUAAUUGUAUUUAUAGAAAGAACUAUAUACUAAAUUGAAUACAACACUUCAAACAGUGGAAGGAAAAUUAACGACGUUAUUGGAUGACCAUAAAUUUCUGUAAUUGUUAAAGAUCUUUUUGAAACAAGAAAUCAGUUUUAUGCAAGAACCAU